AUGGCAGAGGGACUCCAGUCAGCCUUUCUCGAAGAUGUAGCCCCUAAAUUGGAACUCCACGAUAUCUGUCUAUUGGGAUGCACCCUGAGGAAUCUCGUGGAAUCCAGUGGACCGGCGGGCAAGCAGGAGUGGAGGGACUUCGGCGACAGGGAGAGUCGAUGGGACCGGGGCCUCCAGCUCGUCGCAGUAGAUAUCAACGACAGGUUCACGACUGACGAAAUCGACUACAGACACGACCCGGUUAACAACAGUCACACGUUCACGCCGGCUCAGAGGUUCGUCAUAGGCCUGGUCACGAGGGGCGACUCGGUGUUGUGGGACUCCAGGGACUACGGGUUCGAGUACGGCACCAAGUUGUUCGUAGGCGACAACGAGCGGGGCGAGCACGUGUUCAGAAUUUACUUUCCAGGUCCAGUGCCGACGCCAACACAGCCCUUGGUCAAGCCCUUGAGGACGAAGCCGGAGCCCAUACAAGCCUACUCGCCGCCUCAGUCACCGGAGUCUGACACAGAGAGGGACUACAACAAGUACUUGAUAGCAGUCAACGUCAAAUACAGAGCCUCCUCGACGCACAUCACGUACGAGAGGGACGAGGAGCACAACCUGGACGUAUUCACGGCACACGAGCCCUACAGGUUCGUCCUGGCCAUAAGCGGAGCCCACAGGCUGUGGAGGUACAGUUACGGGGCACUCCCCAACAGGGCCAUCGUGCACAGGAACGAGGACGGCGAGUCCUUUCUGAGGCUGGAUUUCGCCAGCACCCUUCCUCAGCCGCCAGGGCCGCCUCAGCAGCAGGAGACGAAGCUCGACGAGGGCUUUAGGGCCGAGGAGUCGGUGGAGGAAGAAACAGAGGACGAGACUGAGACUGAGGCUGAGGAGAUGGUCGAGAAGCCCAAGUCAAUCGACCCCGCCAAGUUCAGGGAGCUCGACAGACGCCGCAAAAUCGACCUCGACGUCAAGAAGCGGGAGAGCUCCGAGGAGUACUGGUACUCAAACAGCGGCACCACGCACGUCUACUCGGCAAACAACAACUUCCUCUUCGAGGCGGUGAAGAUCGGCGACUUCAGGCUCUGGGCAGCCAGGGACAAGAGCGACUACGCGAACAAGGUCGAGUAUAACAACUACGACAUUUUCGGCAUGAAGGACCUCGCAGUCAGCCUCUUCGUGGGCGGCAAGAGGAAGUUCAUCAAGUACAAGAGCGACCCGUGGACGGAGAUCGACCUCACCAAGUUCAACCUCGUGACGAUCAACGUCAAGUCGACCUUCAGCACGUACGGCUACUUCAACCGCUGCGAGGGCGCGAGCCGGACCUUCACGGCCAAGCAGGGCUUCCUGUUCGACCGGGUCAUAAGGUGGAGCGGCCCCAGCACGAGGAUUCAGACCAUCUGGCAGGCCAGGGACCCGAGCGAGUACGCCAGGGCCGUGGUCGUCGACGGCGCGCAGCCAUCCCAGAACGCCAACAACAUCGUGAUCCACUUCCCCAACAAGAAGAAGAAGCACCUCGUCAGAAUCAACGGGUCCUGGUUUACAUAUUACCCAUUUAUACUAUUGGAAUACACCGGUUUCAAAUUUUUUGCCCCCAUGUUAAAAACAUUGUUUAAAGUGUGCACAUCUCUGCUUACAGCAUGUUGUUCAUUUUCAACAGCUAAUGGAACUAGUCAAAGCGCUGAUGGUAGUAGUCAACCGACUGAAAGCAGCUGCACUACCAAUUCAUCUGAUGGUAACGACCAAACAAAUGGUGGAUCAGAUGGUACCCAUACAGGUGGAUCUGCUCAAGGCAGAGGUAUCACACAUAUUGGAGGUGGAAGUUCUGUCACCAAAACAGGAAUUGAAUUAAAUUUGGAGAGUACGGCAGGAACUGAUGAAUACGAUCGUAAUGAAGAUACGAAUAAAAAGAUUGUAACUUUCACUCCCAAAGACAACAUAGCCUUUAAAUUGGUUAAAAAGGGUAAUGAUGAAAUAUGGAAGACAGACAAGGCCGACCAAUUUGCAAGUAAAGUGGAGUUACAUAAUUAUGAACAUGAUGGUGAGCACGAUGUUACCAUUACACUUCCUGAUCAAAAGUCCAAGAAGUUUAUUAAACCUCAUAAAGAAUCAUGGAAAGAAAUUGACCCUAAUGGAAAGACAACUGUAACAAUGAAUGUUAACUCUGAAAAGGAGAGCUGUAAGUACAGUAUUACAAAAGAUGGGACGAAAAGAACAUACGAAGCCAAGGCUGGAAUCGUUUUUAAUACUGUCUUGGAAUGGGAUGGAUCAACUAAAUACGAUAUAUGGUCAACCAGUAACCAGGCUGAGUAUUCGAAGAAAGUGGUGAGAGAGGAUAAGAAAGUAACGAUAGACAUCGGAGAUGGCGCUGGUGCUUCUACCAAGGUCUUUACAAAGGAAUCUGACGGUAAAUGGAAAGAAAAUACCAAUAAUUCAACUAAAGCCACAAUUGAUCAAAUAAGUACAAAUGAAAAAACAAGAGGAGGAACUACACCAGCCAAUCAAGCAAGUAGUCAACCAGCAGGUAAAGCUAGUCCAACAUCUACAGUUUCUGCUGGUCAGGGUUUUAGUACACCUCCAGCUAAUGAAGGUAAUGGCACACAUACAAGUAGCGGAACUGGUAUUUUUACAAGCGAUGAUGGCACAGGGACUGAAACAGGUGGUAGCACCUAUACAAGCUGUAAAACGACUGGUAUUGAUGGGUCUUCCUCACCUAUGGUGGCUGAACCAGCUGAAGGUGGUUCAUUCACGGGAGAAACAUUUGAAUCAGCUGAUGCUACUUUGGAAUCAACAGACGCCAGUGCAGAAUAUAACAGUGUUGAUGGAGGUUCGACAUCCUGUGGAUGGUCAUGUAUUUGGAACAUUAUAAAAGGAUGGUUUUCAUCUUGUGGAAUUUCUGGCUUAUGUGAGUGCUCUGGUUGGUGCUCAUGUUCUGAAUGCUGUGGAUCAAGUGCCUGCAAAACUGGUUCUGAACCACCUUUUAUUGCCUCAGGAACUUCUAUUCCUAAAACCGGUGUUGAUGUUAACAUAAAGAAAAACACUAAGUCUAGUAGCAAGUUUGAUUACAAAAGGGUUGGUCAAUAUGUCAUUUAUACUCCCAAAGAUAACUACGUUUUUAAACUUGUUAAAGAUGACAAAACUGAAGUAUGGAAGACCACUGACACAAGUAUUUAUUCCAUUAGAGUUGAAGUAGACGAUAUGGGUGACAGUAGUGCAUUUACCGUUUAUUUGCCUGAAAACAAGAUUAGGGUGUUUAAGAAAGAUUGUCGUGAUAAAACCUGGCACGAAAUUAAUCUCUCUAGAGUAAAUUAUAGGUCAAUUAGCAUCAAACAUACUGACGAAACUUACAAAUACAAAAAUGAAUUAGAAGGCAACACGAGAACAUUUACCGCUAAACCCGGAUUCGCCUUUAGAUUUGUUUAUGAGUUUAUUGAUAAAGACAACAGGCCCGAAAUUUGGAAAACAACUAACCCGGCUGAAUACUCCAAAAAAGUAGUGGUAGAAGGAGAUAACAAAGUCACCAUCUACACAGGUGAUGGCACUGUAAAGGUUAUUGAAAGGGGACCUGACGGCAAAUGGCCAGGAGAGGGUACAGGUGGAUCUGUAAAGGCUGAUGAGGUUCUUAGAGGCUCUGGCAUUCAACCAGCUGAAACCUCUUCAAAUUCUAGCCAAACUCCACAACCUGAGAAAGAAGGAGUAGAUGUUAACAUUAAGAAAAACACUAAGUCUACUGACAAGUUUGAAUAUAAAAGGGUAGGUCAAUAUGUCACGUAUACCGCCAAAGAUAACUACGCCUUCAAAUGUGGUAAAGAUGAUAAUACCGAAUUAUGGGAGGCCACUGACGUCACCCAUUAUUCCGAUAAGGUUGAAGUGGAUCUUCUGAAUGACGACUCCAAAGCUGUUACUUUUUACUUGCCUGAAAACAAAACUAGGUUGUUUAAGAAAGAUGGCAAAAUUGACACAUCCAAAAUAAAUCCUCAUGGUGUAAACAUUGAUUAUAUUCACGAAAGUUAUUCAUUCACCAAUGUCUUAAAAGGUAGGUUUAGAACUUUUACCCCUAAAUCUGCUUUUAUUUUUAACUGUGCCAAUGAAUAUGUCGAUUGUAACAAAGUUGAAGUUUGGAAAGCAGUUUCUGAGAGUGAUUACUCAAAUAAAAUUGAAGUCGAUUACUUGGACAAUAACGCUAAAGCAGUAACGAUUCAUCUACCUGGCGACAGGACUUUAGUAUUUAAGAAAGAUGGUAUACAAACCGACAAGAUUAAUCCUAAGCCAAUAAACAUCGAUUAUCCUCACGAGUCUUACUAUUACACUAAUAAGCUGGAUAAAAAUGUUAGAUCAUUUGAAGCUAAAUCAGGUUUUAUGUUUAAUCGUGCUAGAUGCUAUGUGAACUCCAAAUGGGUCGAAAUUUGGAAAGCUGAGAAUGAUUACGAUUACGCCUUUAAUAUCGAGUACACCAAACACUCAUCUGGCAGCCGCGAUUUAAAAAUUAAUAUGAAAAAUGGACUGUCGAGGUUAUUCAUUAAUGAAAAUUCUACAGAUCCAUGGAAAGAGCUGGAUAUGUCCAAAAUGCACACUGUGGCCAUCAAUAUUGGUAACACACAGGAUUGUUAUUCACACAGUAAUGAAUUAAAAAGUAACAUUAGAACCUAUUCUGCCAAGUAUGGUUUCGGUUUUCACAAGGUUUUUGAGUCUAUUAAUAACAACAAUAUUGAAAUUUGGUCAAAUUUUAAUGAAUUUGAUUUCUCAAAUAAAAUUGAAGUCGAUCUAAUGAACAAAGACGCUAAAGCCAUAACAGUUCACCUACCUCAAAAUAAGACUAGAGUUUUUAAGAAAGAUAGUAAAAAUGAUCCUUGGAAUGAAAUUUUUACUAACAAAUUAAAUGCUAUGCCAAUAAUUGUUGACUACCCUCACGAUAGUUACUUUUUCACCCUCUCUAAUGAAAAUAACAUUAGAACUUUUACUGCAAAAAAUGGAUUUAUUUUUAAUUGUGCCAGAUGCUUAAACAACAACAUUUGGGCUGACAUUUGGAAGACAGACAACGAGGAAGAUUUCUCCCGAAAGGUUGAAGUUGAAAAAGAUAAGGUAACAGUAUACUUAGGACAAUAUGGCAUUGCAAAGGUGUUUAAUAAGGAUUCUCAAGGAAAAUGGACAGUGGUUGAUCACGAUUCGAUUAUGACAACAAAAGAUAUUAAUGAAGUGCAGUCAAAUCCUACACCAGAUUUAACUAAUAGUUCCGCAACCGCGGGCUUUAACAGCUUUUAUCCAAGCCUUAAAGGAUUCUCUCAAGAUUCUAAAUCCACAAAUUAUUAUCAAACUGGAAGUCAGGCCGGUCUUUAUCCCAGUGCUCGUGGCAUGACAGCUGGUAUACAUGCUGAUUCAGGUAUGCCUUCACGUGAAUUUGCAAUGACCCAUGGUCAAUCUUCCGGUAGCCACAUUUUGCCAAAUAGUGGACCUUACUCUCAUGGUUCUAUAGGUCACAGUUUGUCACCAGGCUCAUCAUUUGUCUCAGAAUAUCGUGAUCAAGAUGCCAGUCAUCGUGCUAUGUCAUUUGAUAGUGGUGCCAGUGCACAUGCUAUGCCAUCAGGUGUUCCAUAUGCUACUGGUCAUGUCAUGCCAACAGACGUAUCUGACCCAGGUCGUUUUCAAGAUUUUGAUGAACACGGUAUGGUAACUGGUCAUAGCAUACCAUUUGGUCGUCGAUCUGAAAUUGAUAAAUAUUUACAUGAUGAUGGCAUUGGUCGUCCAUUGGCAGAUGGCCGUCGUCUUGAUGGUGGUUAUGCUCAAACUUCUAGAGGUUAUGAUAUGGCGUCAGUUGAUCGUAGAAUCCCAUAUAGCGGUUCUUACAGUCACGGUCCUUCUGGCCAUUUCAUGACAUCUCCUGGUAUUCACAGUCAUGGUCCCAGUGGCAAUGUUACGCCAACACAUGGUGGUCAGAGUAUGUCACAUGUUAGUCAUGUUAUUCCAACACCCGGUCAUGUAAUGCCAGGUAGUACCUAUGGUCCGACAUCCCCGGGUUCAGGUUUACCAGCUGGUCGUCAUGUGAUGUCAACAACUGGUCACGGUUUGCCAGCUCAUGGUCAUGUUAUGCAAUCACCUGCCCAUGGUAUGCAAUUACCUAGCCAUGGUAUGUCGUCUCCCGGUCCUGGUCUGUCUCCAGGUAGUCACAAUUUGCAAUCACCUGUCCAUGGAUUGCCACCCGGCAGUCAUGGUAUGAAACCUUCUGGUCAUUCUAUGCCAUACGGUAGACAAUAUGUUGAUCACAGUGCCGGUGGUUUACAUUAUAAUGCACGUAUGUCACCAGGCUCAUCAUUUGUCUCAGAAUAUCGUGAUCAAGAUGCCAGUCAUCGUGCUAUGUCAUUUGAUAGUGGUGCCAGUGCACAUGCUAUGCCAUCACGUGUUCCAUAUGCUACUGGUCAUGUCAUGCCAACAGACGUAUCUGACCCAGGUCGUUUUCAAGAUUUUGAUGAACACGGUAUGGUAACUGGUCAUAGCAUACCAUUUGGUCGUCGAUCUGAAAUUGAUAAAUAUUUACAUGAUGAUGGCAUUGGUCGUCCAUUGGCAGAUGGCCGUCGUCUUGAUGGUGGUUAUGCUCAAACUUCUAGAGGUUAUGAUAUGGCGUCAGUUGAUCGUAGAAUCCCAUAUAGCGGUUCUUACAGUCACGGUCCUUCUGGCCAUUUCAUGACAUCUCCUGGUAUUCACAGUCAUGGUCCCAGUGGCAAUGUUACGCCAACACAUGGUGGUCAGAGUAUGUCACAUGUUAGUCAUGUUAUUCCAACACCCGGUCAUGUAAUGCCAGGUAGUACCUAUGGUCCGACAUCCCCGGGUUCAGGUUUACCAGCUGGUCGUCAUGUGAUGUCAACAACUGGUCACGGUUUGCCAGCUCAUGGUCAUGUUAUGCAAUCACCUGCCCAUGGUAUGCAAUUACCUAGCCAUGGUAUGUCGUCUCCCGGUCCUGGUCUGUCUCCAGGUAGUCACAAUUUGCAAUCACCUGUCCAUGGAUUGCCACCCGGCAGUCAUGGUAUGAAACCUUCUGGUCAUUCUAUGCCAUACGGUAGACAAUAUGUUGAUCACAGUGCCGGUGGUUUACAUUAUAAUGCACGUAUGUCACCAGGCUCAUCAUUUGUCUCAGAAUAUCGUGAUCAAGAUGCCAGUCAUCGUGCUAUGUCAUUUGAUAGUGGUGCCAGUGCACAUGCUAUGCCAUCAGGUGUUCCAUAUGCUACUGGUCAUGUCAUGCCAUUAGCUACUACAGGUCUCCCACCUAGCGGUCAAGGUUUUACUCCAGGUUUUUCACCUGAACAAGCUAUGCCACCAGGUAGUAGGUUUGAAACGUCACAUCAUGCCCAAGGUUUGAAUUCCACAGAACACGGAAUGAAUUCUCGUGGUCAUGGAAAGACACAAUAUCAAAAUCCCAGUCCAACUGAUAAUACAUCCGUUGUGUACCACUCAAAUGGUUUCAUUAAUUACAACAACUAUUAUGGCGAUAAUGAGAUUGCAACGGGUUUACCAUUUACAAACUCAUCUCAUUAUAAUUUCGGUCACGAUCCUCAUACGGUUACUUCACCCGAAGUUGCUAUCAAAUCAAAAUGUUUACUUGAAAUGUUUAAAGUUGAUCAACUUGGAAAUCCAACUCUAAUGGUUGAAGGUUGUGAUUUUUCGAUGAAUUAUACCCAUGACGAUUUAAGAUUUGAAAUUAGACAAGGUAUAAACUGCACAUUAGUAAGUUGCGGUAAUAAUAAGAUAUGGCAGAAGGGUGAACAUGAUAUUGAACAUCCUAAGAUUGUUGCAUUUAAUGAAACAGUAAAUUUGGUUGCAUUGCGUGAUAAUGAAAGGACAGUGUUUUUCAAGUUGGACCCAAACAUUAAUAAAUGGGCCCAUUAUAUUACCGUUGAGCGCGAACAAAGAUCGCCUGGAUCACACACAAUUUCUUCACUUUCUCCAUCAUCUGCAGAAAAAAUUCCACAUCGAUCUGACUAUUCCGUUCCAACGACAGAAUCUGAAUCUCCUUCUAUUGGCAUUCCAGAAGCUUAUGGAUCAGUACACGACGAUUACGCAAGCUAUUCUUCCGGUCGUGAUUUUACUGAUUUACGACCAGCAAACAAUAAUAUACUAAGUGAAAAUGAACAUGGUUUUGAUUAUGGUGGUGUUGAAACUGACUCAGGUGGCGAAAGUCCUGGUGAAGCUUAUAACUAUAUUGUCAAUGGAAAUGGUUUUAAUGAAACAACUAUACAAUCUGACGAUGGCGAACUUUAUCCAUCUCUACCUUCUACACCAACUGAAGUUUCAACAACUCAUGAAAACGGUGGAUCUUCAACACCAUCACCUCCCCCUUCUCCAAAUUAUGAGCAAUCAUACUCUAACGUAAAUUCUCAAGUUCGUCAAAUUGCUGAAAUUAAACUGUUGAAGGACGACGGAUUAGGCCAUGAAGUUUACAUGGAACCUUGCGAUUAUACUCAGGAAAAUUACUUAAUUUAUCAAAAGUAUGAUUUCAAUCAAGGUAUUAAGUGUCUAGCUGUCGUUGUAGGUGAUAAAUAUGUAUGGAGAAAAGGCAAUCAAAACAUAAACAUUCUCAAAACCGUUUCAUACAAUUCAAGUCUAGGCAAAGUUGUUUUAAGUGACGAACAUAAAUUUGUCUUUCUCAAAAUGGACCAUAAUGGCAAUUGGGUAUCAUAUAGAACUAUACCUAGAUCUACUUACAUUUCUCAAGGUUUUUAA